AUCAAUCAUCGAAACGCCAACAAAUGGAUCCAUUUCUUUUUGCCGUCCCUUUUCCGUCUGCCCGUCCUGCCUUCCCCCUCUCGUUGCUUUCUUUCCUGCUUGCUUAUCUCUCUAUACCCUUAUCUGCUACCACGUAAAUGGAAAAGCAAAAGUCUGAAACCCAUCUAUUUCUCCGUCAUUUUCAUUCACUCUAAGCUCUUAACAUCCAACUAUUUGUCAAUAUGUGCGUGUGUUAGGUAGUAGACCAUAGCUGCCACUUAUAAGUCAUUUCUGCUUUUCUAAGCACAAAUAUAUGUCGCUAUGCAUAUAAUACAACAUGGUAUGGGCGUGCAUGUGUAUCUUAAUAAAAUAAAAUAGCUGUUUAAAAGUACUCGAGCAUUACAUCGUAUUUUAUUUCCUUUUUUGGGUAAACAAUUAAAACUCGAGAUUCCUGCUUGGUUGUUUCUGUCUUCCUUAGUCUCUUAUUCAUUCCUAGCUAUUGCUUGGUGCUUCUAACUCCUGCACUUAGAGGCAGAUUUCCAAGCGUAGGAAGCUUAUACGCCUAGUAGAGAAUUUUCUUAAAAAAAAUAAUUUCUUGGUUGGAGAAAAUGGAAGACGGAAACCCAGAUGCUUCUUCAAACAAAGCCCCCUCUGUUUCUCAGGUGGUAGAAGAGUUGAAAGAGCUGUGGGGUAUAACCUUUCCGGUCACUGCCAUGAACUUCUUGGUGUUUUUUAGGCAGGUGGUCUCUGUUUUGUUCUUGGGCAGAAUUGGAAGCCUGGAGCUAGCAGGUGGCGCACUAGCUAUAGGAUUUACAAAUAUUACUGGCUAUUCUGUUAUGGUGGGUUUAGCCGCUGGAUUGGAACCCAUAUGCAGCCAAGCCUACGGAAGUAAAAAUUGGGAUCUCCUCUGUCUUUCUCUGCAACGCAUGAUCUUAAUCCUCCUCUUUGCAACUAUACCCAUCGGUUUUCUUUGGCUCAACCUAGACAACAUCAUGGUAUUUUUAGGUCAAGACCAUCUAAUAACAAGUAUGGCGGCUAUUUACUGCAUUUAUUCUCUGCCAGACCUUUUAACAAACACCUUAUUGCAACCAUUAAAAAUAUUUUUGAGGUCACAAAAGGACACGAAGCCCAUGAUGUAUUGCACUCUAGUAGCAGUUGGCCUUCAUGUGCCUCUGAACUACAUGAUGGUGGUGGUGCUGGGGAUGGGGAUACGAGGAGUGGCAAUGGCUUCGGUGCUUACAAAUUUGAACAUUGUGGGAUUGAUGUCUGGAUACGUGUGGGUAUGGGGAAGAAAAGGGGAGAUGAGAUGGACGUUGAAGUUGGGAGAAGUUUGUGGAGGCGUGGGGCCAGUGAUGAGGUUGGCUGUACCGAGUUGCUUGGGAAUAUGUUUGGAGUGGUGGUGGUAUGAAAUAGUGACAGUGUUAUCUGGUUAUUUAUCCAAUCCAACGUCGGCUGUGGCGGCCACUGGGAUUCUCAUCCAAACUACAAGCAUGAUGUACACCGUACCCCUGGCUCUCUCUGGUUGUGUCUCCACCAGGGUAGGGAAUGAGCUGGGAAGUGGAAAACCAAAGAAAGCGAGAGUUGCAGCAAUGGUGGCAUUGGGAUGCGCAUUUGUGAUAGGCGGAAUAAACGUGACGUGGACGGUGAUUCUGAGGCAGACAUGGGCCACACUUUUCACAGAUGAUGUCUUGGUUAAAUCAUUGGUCUCUUCUGCUUUGCCAAUCAUAGGCCUCUGUGAGCUUUUCAACUGCCCGCAGACCACUGGCUACGGCAUCCUACGUGGCACUGCCCGUCCAGCUGUUGGUGCUCGUAUCAAUUUAGCCUCCUUUUACCUUGUGGGCACCCCUGUUGCCUUGGGCCUUGCUUUCGGCCUUAAACUUGGGUUUGUUGGGCUUUGGUUUGGGCUGCUCUCGGCCCAGCUCGCUUGUGCUGUCUCCAUGCUCUACGUGGUUGUUGCCAACACUGAUUGGGAGGGUGAGGCUUUGAAGGCUAAAAAGCUUGCUGGCUUGGAAAUGACUCCCACUACUGUUGCACAAGAGGAAAGUAAGAAGUUGCUUGAUGAAAAUGAGCAUCAGCAUCAUAUUUUUUAGAGAAAUAGAGAAAAGGACCCAUCCAUAAUAUAAGCCAAAUUGAAAGGGUUUUUUUUUUCUUGUUUCGUUUUUCCUUAUCAUUUUAAUCUUCUUUUCUUGUCUUUUUGGUUGUGGGUUUAACACCUUUAGAGAAUGUUGUACAGUUCCACUUCCAAGUGAUGGAUGAUUGACUGCUUGUUGGUUGGGGUAAGGCUUUGACUCAGUGCUUAUGUCUCUUUUCUUUUGUUUUUUUUUAAGUCGUCCA